AUGUCCUGCUUCUCGACUGUAACGGGCACGUCGCUGAGCACCUUGAGCUCGGAGAGCGUCUCGACGUCGUACAGCGCGAGCGUUAGCUCGUUUGCGGGGACGAAGUCGACGGUGACCUCGUGCGGGACGAGUACGUUUGGCUUCUUCCCUGUACCGACCUGCUCGACGUUCGAGACGACGAUUGGAGGAGGGGCUACGACCUUGCAGAUACCAGUUACGACGACUGUUACGUUAACGCAGGCCAUCACAAGCACCCUCUAUGGGACGACCUGCUCGGGCGGCAGCGCCUCCGGGUCCACGCAGACCUCAGCUGCGUCGUCUGACCCUUCCUCUGGGUCCACCGCAUCGUCCACGUCAGGCGAUCCUGCAUCUUCGUCUACGUUGCCGGCGUCCACUACCAUCCUGCUGCCGUCCACCGAGACAACGGUACUUGGAGGCUCUACUAUCACAACACAAAUAACCUCGAUGGAGGUCGUCGCCGUGACUGCAACCUCCAUAAUUGCUGCCAGUCUGCCCUCAGGGAGCAGUGCAGCGGGGAACAGCUCGACUCCUGCAGGCGCGAUCAUAGGAGCGAUCAUUGGUGGAAUCGUCGCCUUGAUUGUCCUGGCUUUCGGCUUCGCCUUCUUUUCGCGAGGGAAGAAGCAGCCCGGCGAAGACCAGGAGAAGGAACGUCAACUUGACAUGCCCACGAUGGCGGGUAGGAUGUUGCGAAAGCGGCGAGACAAGGGCGACAUCGACCUCGACGCCGAGCCCCGUCCUUACACCGAAGGACUGCCAUACCAAGGGGACAUCUCCGUCGGCGCCGUACCACCGACACCUCCUCAGAAGGACUACCUACCGAUGCGGCUCGUCAGCAAGCUUAAACCCCUCCCUUCGUCCCCGCGCGCGACAUGGUACUCCUCGCGCACCGUGCCCGGCAAGCCCGCGCAAACCGUACACUCGGACCGGUCCUCGAUAGCCACGAUCCGAGCAACACCCCGCGCGACACCUCCGAGCCAGCUUCCGCAGCUCACCGUCAACCCGCCCAGUCCCCCUAGUCACCUACUACACGUCGCGAAUCUUUCGCCGCGCAACUCCGCGUUGCUCACGCCGCCGCCGCUCCCAGAGAAGAGCCACUUCAUGCCUCGCCCCCGACGGGGCAAAGCUGUCGAGCGGCAAGAUGGCGUGCCACCGCAGUCGAGGGGACAUACACCACGCACUUCGCUGCGCGCAUCGUUCUUCGGGACGCCCUCGCUGAGGAUGCCUGUCCCGUUGAUGCCUGCCGUCCGGCCUAUCGUACAGCAUGAGGAUGGUGGGCCUGCACAAGCGGGCCCAUCGGUUGUAAGGAGAGACAAGGCGGCUGAGGCAGCUUCUGAAGCUCGCAGCGCGAGCUCGGGGGAUAUGCCUCCGCCUGCGUAUUCUGCAUAG